UUUCCAAUUUCCUUUUCAGGUUGUCAACGAAACAGCUCAAAAUUGUCGUUCUCGAUCCCUCCUUCUCCUCAAACGAAUUGAUGUUACAGUGAACUCAUUCUUGUGGUGUGACAGGCUCAAAUCUCGUGAAAAACAGAUUCGAGACCUUUUUGCUAAGCGACGAGAAGCAAUGUCGCAUGUGACACCACCGGAUGUAGCAUGUCUAUUAGCUGCAAGCCAUGAUCUGCUAAGAGUCGAACAAGCAAGUAACGCUAGAGUGAGAAAAAAUACGCGAUCCAUGCCAAAUCCUCUUGCAUUAGCCCCAAGACCUGCUGACCGUGGUGGACGUACCAACGAGAUGACAGGAGACAUUGCACGAGAGCAAGCAGGUGAGUUGAAAUUCGCCAAUAUGUUUUAA